CUUUCGCUGGCGAAAUCCAAACACGCAACGCAGCAACCACGACAACAAGAACCACACGACAACAACAACAACGAAGAACCCACACGACAGCUGGGGUUGGUUGGUUGGAGGUUGUGUGAUGGGAAGCAGCGAUACGCAUGGCCAUGCCAACGACACUCUCCGAUGAUGACUUGGCGCGGAUCUUCGAGCAGCUGGACGUGGACAAGAAGGGCGUCAUCAGCCUCGACAUCCUGCGCACGUUUGCCAAACAGUCUGGCCUGGAGGACUUGGGAUCGCUGGAGGUGCUGGACUUUGAGAACAACGGGCGGAUCACGUUUGCCAACUUUGUCAAAGGGGUGCGCACGCUGCAAGGGGAGGUUCCAGAGACACCGCGGAUACAGCGCCGCACCGUCGAGCCCAACAUUGCAGCCGAAGACGCCAACGGCAUCAACAGCGAGGACGAGACAGACGAGGACAACAGCAUCAUCUUGCAACACAACCGUACCCACGACACCAUCCGCGAGAAUGACCGAAGCAGUGGCGGCGGCAGCGAGCUUGCAUCCCACCCAGACGUCAUGCUGGACGUCAGCAGCAUUCCAUCAGACCAAGACGAGUUUGAGCCACUAUCGCCACAGUCCCUGGCGAGUCGAGACGUUGAUGCAGACAGCGGAUGGUCGUCCAAGCACGCCAGCCAAUCCAGCCCGCGGAACAGGCGAACCAGCCGGUCAUCGUCGCUGGAGCGCCAGAUACAAGAUCAAGAAGCAAAGAUUCUUGAGCUGCACCAGCUGGUGGAGGAUGUGCAGUUUGAACACCGCAGCGACAAGGACGAAAUUGAUGAUCUCCGCGCAAAGUGCAAACGCCUUGAGCAAAGGUGCGCCGAGUAUGAGGCGCAGCUCGACGGCGUGGAGGAGCAACUGGAGCACUCCAGGGUCGACGAGAUGAACACAACGUGCACGCAGCUGAGACGCGAGAAGGAGGAGAUACAGAAGGAGCUGACAGCACGGUGCGCGGAGUUGGAAGAAUCACUGGCGACAGUGUCCAGCGAACGCGACAGAUUGAAGGAGGACCACGACGUAUUGAAGCACUCCAUGCGAGAGGAGCAGCAGGUGACGAAGCAGCUGCGGCUGCACGUCAUUGAACUUCAGGGCACAAUCGCUGCGCUGGAGACAGAUCGCGAGCAGACAAUUGAGGGCAUCAAGACACAGACAGAGGGGGCACUUGAGGCGUCGCUAUCGGAACAGGCGCAAAAGUUCGAGUCUGAGAUUGAGGAAUUGCAGAGUGAACUUGAAACAUUACGGCACCGACACGCGGUGGAGAUGAAGGAGAUGGAGUCACAACGGACGGCACUUGAGCAAGAGCUCCAGCAGGCACACCAGGACCACAAGCGGUUGGAGAAGAAGCACAGUGAGCUCGAGCGACAGCUGAUUCACAAAGGAAUGGAGCUUGCAGCAGCACCAACGCGCGAUGACGAGUCACUGGCCGCGCAGAUGAGCGACGCUUCGCGCGAUGACCUGAUGCGCGAUUUGCGGGAGCAGGAGGAGCGGUUGCGGCAGCAGCAGGCGUACAUCGGCCACUUGCUCAACCACGUCAUCGAACGCAUCCCAGAUGUGCUCGAGAUCAAGUGACGGUAAUGGUGAUGGUGGUGGUGGUGGGCAUGGUGGUGGAGACACCAGUGGCGGUGGGAUGUUGUCACUUCAUCCUGUUCCCCCCCCCCCCCGCCUCUUGCGCCUCUACCCACCCCUACCCCUCUCGCCAUCACAAGCAUGUGCAUGCAGUGCUGCUGUUACAACGGCGAUUGUUUUGUGUUGAAUGUGCAUAUCUUUGGGUGCUCAGUUUGGCUUAGGUGGCUGUGGAUUGUUUUCGCUCAUUAGGAGGAGUAAAACAUGCAAGCAG